AUGGCUUGUGUAGCUAGUUGCGAAGAAGAUGUUUUGCUCUUGUGUAGGAAAUACGAUAUUUCAAGACCGACAGUACAUGAAGUCAUGAAAGAUGCCGAAAAACUCAAUAAAACGUUUGAAUCUCGUUCCAUAUCUUUGAUGCUGGAGGUUAGGUUAGUUACAGCUCUUGCAAAUCACCCGUGUCUACUCCCAGAGAAUCCUCUGAAUGCUGAGGUUCAAGUGAAUUCUUUGCUUCCCUAUCUCUCCUCGCCUUGUCGCUGGGUUCGGUCGUUGGCUUGUAGUCUGUUGAGAGUAUUCACCUUAGGAUUGGAUCCUAACGGACAGCACUUUGAAACACAGGGUGAGAAAAUCAAUACUCUACUUUUUGGGAUUGAAGUAAGGGGGCCAUUGUUUCGUUGCAUUAUCUAUCACGCACAAUAAGUACUGUAGCAAGUGAUCAGUGUUCAGUAAACAAUUUAAAUUUCAGGUUUUGGUAGAAUUGGGGGUAGUGGGGGGAGUGGGGAGGAACUUUAGGGAUUUUCUGGUGGAAUGCACCAUUUGGCCCCUAGAACUUUGCAUAUAUGCAUUUAGUAAAAUCCAACUAGUGGUCUAUUAUCAAUGCUGCGUUCUGAUUGGUUGAGCUACUACUAGGAGUAGGCUAUAUGUUAUAGCCCACUAGUGGCGAAAAGCGCUGGCUUUGAAAACCAAAACAGUGGUGGCUGAAUCGGGUUUUGCAAGCUACUGUUGUUUUGUCUCGAUAUUAUUGACCAACUAUUUGAAUUUUACUAAAACAAUAAUUUAUUAUUCGUCUCACCCUGAUGGGCUUGAGGAAUAAUUGUUAAAUACCAGACUUAGAUUGUGUCAAUUCCCAGUAAUUCACAGUUUCCUAAUUCCAAAAUAACAUCUUAAACCAAUUAAUCAGUUUCCUGGAAAAUAUCCUAUUCCAGACCCAAGAUUUAUGAUUUCUAUACCCUACCCCAGACUAAAAACUGUGUAAAAACCAUACCCUGCAUAGCGGCACAUACCUAUAUUGCCCAUAUAUGGAAGUACCUCCCCCGGGGGUAGUAUCAUCCAGUUUUGCAUUGUUUACCCAAGUGUACAUAUGAGAACUUACCUCAGCAAACUGUUGGCUUUACUGGCUUGCCCUCUUCAAUGGGAGAGUCUAUCAUCCUCAUCAUUACAUCCAAAUAGACCUCUUUAGUUUGUAUGUUUUGUUUUCCUAACAGAGGUCCCAGGGGAUCUUGGCCUUUUGUCUUUUCAUAAAUUAUGCGCAGAUAUGCGCCUGAAUGAGAUGAAAUUUGAUAGAAACAGCUCUCUAGAGUAUUAUCACAUGACUUGUAUUGGGAAAACAAUACUUACAAGCUGAAGGGGUCUAUUAACUGUUCUAUAAUUUUGAUUCAUUAGUAACAAUAAUAUGCAAGAAUCUUCAAACCACCUAUGAAGACUGUUCCUCCAAUACAAGGUAAAGUGCAUAAACAUACACAGUUUUAUUACAGAAACUGCAAUAUUCUUUAAGACAGGGGUUGGAAAAAUAGAAAUCAGAUACCACUUCACAAUAGUUAUUUAACCAGCUGGAGCCUGUACAACCAUGCUUCAUGGCUCUAGCUAUUCAUUUCUGGAAGGAAGUUUUAAAAUAAUAUGUACAUGUUAAGCCAUUUUAGAAUUAUUUAACACUAGAUUUUGAUUUGUUUAUCUCUUCACACAGGUUUAAUCUCUGUCAGGUUAUUGCCUGUUCUUCACUUUGUUCAGUUACUAUUUCAUGUGCUGCUCUCCUUCCUCUCACCGCAGUAAAGUUUGUCCUCUUAACCUUACGAACUGUUCUAAACAUUCUGAGUGAUCCUGUCAAAUGUACAAGUAGCUUUCUAUAUCAGGUAAACCAUAAUAAUAAUAUUAUAUGAUAAUUUGGAGAGACCAUUUUCACAUUGUUUUAAGAAUGCUUCAGGAUUUUGUUUUCUCAUCAAAUUAAGGACAGGUAUUGUUGCUUAAGCCUCAUCGGUAUCAAUAGAUUUAAAUAAGUAAUGAAUUCUGGUUCUUCUAGUAAAAUGUAGGCUUGAUUACCAGCUGUUGUUUGGGAAAGUUAGCCCAGCUCAUCCCCGAAAAGGAACAUAGCCCAGACUCAAGAGAGUGGUAGAGAUUGAGCCUAAGAAAAAUGAUGCUAUCACGAAAAAUUGCCUUUUGCCAACAGUAACAUACUCUAGUGUAUACCCUUUUCUGCAAAGAGGGUACCUGUGUAUCAGUUAAUAAAGGUGUGCAUUGCAUGUUGUUCAAUAUCAAGUUCAAAGUAACCUCCACUGUUUGAUUUCCUUGGUCACUGUUAGGGCUGUCAUUAAGAGCAGUGGGCCUGGGAUUUUCCCUGGCUACCAUAAAUUAAUGUGGCCCCUGGCUACUUUCAUUCAGGGAAAAUAGAAGAAAAAUAGAACCAAAAGAAAUCCCUAGCUAUUUGAUUCCCCACUGACUAGUGGUAUUUACCCGGCAACUUAGUGUCAACCCUGCACUGUCCUUAGUAUGUCACCAAUUUGCUUCUUACAUAAAAUGCUUAGCAAUGAUAAUGAAUGUAGAAAGGCAGAUGGUCUGGAUUUUCCCUAAAGCACACUGUAUCAGUUUUUUUUCUACUUCUUUACAGUUACGAGAAUAAACACCUCUCUUCUUUUAAAUGCCUUCUUUCUCUUAAACUCACCCUCUCGGAGCGACAAAAUUUAGUGGGCGUCUUUUAGAUCAUUUACGGUUGGGAGCUUGAUUUCCAAAUGGAGCGCUUGAUCAACCUAAAUACAGCAGCUCUUCAAUUUCUGUUGAUAGGUUGCAAUAGAUGGGCUGGCCAAACUCUUCAAAUGUCCUGCAACAUGGAAUUCUUUAUCUGUACUCGAGAAGCGGGAUGCAGUAACAGAAUAUCUGCAGAUAUUUUUUGACCAAUCACCAUCUACAUGUAAGACUGUUACUGACACAACAAUGGCAAAGAUGCUUGAAGUCUUUGACAAUUCAGAUGUGUUGAGUCUCAUACUGAACUUGCCAGACAGCAGACAAACACUAAAGAAAUUGCUCAUAAUGCUGUUGGAGUUAUUACCCCCAAUCUCUACAUCAAAUGGUAAGUUGAAAAUGUACUCAAAAUAUACUCACUGGAGAUUUUUUUUUUCUGUCUACUUUUGUUUUCUCCACAUUAAAACCCAAUAAACACUUAGUAUGCAUAAAAUUAAUGGUUUGUUGUCUUCUGGACAACAUGAUAUAAUAGCUAGGAUUCCACAAAAGACUAGGUCAGAAUCAAACUAAGCAGUGCCAGGUUCCCUCUGCUUGAAACAUCAAAAUAAAGGCUUUUAUUUAGCUCUCUUAAGGGGGGAGUCUAGUUAAAGGCAAUGUUUUUUGUUUAUUUCCGUCCUUUUUCUUAAAUAUCUAGCCAAGAUUUCAUUCAAUCAAAAAAUGACUCAGGUAGGUCUGGAGUCCUUGGUUCAAUAAUUUUUGGAAAAGUUUUUGAUGUUUUUUCGAAUGGUUUUAGUGUAAAAAUAUUAGGGGAGGGAGAGUAUUAGCAAUUUUGGAAAAUUGGAAAAUAUUGGAUUUAGGGUCGUUAGAAAUUAAAACAUGAAGUGAGUAAGAAGUAGACAAUUACCAGAUAGUCGAACACCACCACAAGGUGCUAUUAGCGGACUAACUGGUUUAUCUGUACAUGUAUACCUUUCCUACCCUAAUUUAUUUCUUUCCCAAAUCAACAUCAUUUCCCCCAAAAAAAUUACCCAGACUGCUCCCUUAACAGACUAAGCCUUAGCUAAAACUAACACCUUGAGCUGUUUCCUUCUGUUCUUUUAUCAUUUUCGUGUUGGACUUUCAAACUUGGGGAUGCCAGCCAGUCUGGUCCAGUCGUAAUGACAAUGUCACUGUCAAUCAUAAGUUUCCAGCCAAAUCAUUCCAUUCCUAAAUAUUAUGCACUGUAGUGAUGGGUUUGGCUUAACUACAGAAUACCCUGCCACUUUAAAGCAACUCCAUGGCUUUUUAGCGAAAACUCUCAAAGAAAGCGUAUUUCGUUUUUGCAAAGACCAGCCAGCCGGCCAGUUCUGACUUACGGUAAGCGCCUUUAUUUUCGGUCCCAACGUCAGCUGACUUAGCCUGUGUACCUGAGGUUUUUCUCGCAUGCGGCGAGAAUUCCACUGGUUUUUGACUGGUUCGGCAUGGAAAGCACCCAUCAUUUAGGUUACAUUUCCUCUACCUAGUUUACCAGUGUCGUUGGGGGCAGCCACGCCAUUUCUUACAUCCCCCGCGUUUUCCAGGAUACGCCUCUCUUUGGUGUUCUUUGCCAAAUAUGCCCAAUUCACACCAACAAGUUUAUUAGCUAAACCAAGUUUACCAAAUUGAUGAUUGGUAAAAGAAAACUGAAGGACUGGCUUUUACAUAGAGUUCAAGUAAAUCUUGGCUUAUGAAAUCACUUGUACCAAAUUUGUUGUUGACAGAAAUCAUUAAGCAGCUAUUUAUAUCCCCCAAAUCCUCAAAACACGAACUGGCAGUGAAAUGCUUCGUACCUUUUUUCUUUCAGAAAUCCCGCUCCUCAACGUUCGCUGGAAAUCGCUGAGCGUCAUUUAUAAAAUGAUUCAGCUUGUUAAAACUCAUGACUUUUCUAAACUUGACAGUUUAUUUGAUAGAGCUUGCUGUGACCCCCAGCAAAUAAGUCAACUUAAGACAGUUUUAAGAAACACGUUUACAGAUAUAACAUUUUGACCCCUGAAGACGCAACCCCCCCCCCAAAAAAAAAAAUUUUACUCGAGAAUUUCCAAAUAUCUUACCCCUCUCAUCGCUUAUUCAUUGGGAAAAUUU